GGCUUGACAAGCAGUCACCUGACCAGCUUUCCUACAUAGGAGCAGGCAGCAGCUGUAUAGCAUGAUCUGUCGCCUCCUCCCCUGGUGAGUGACAUCACUGAUUCGGGGGACAUGUGUAGCCACAGGAGGAUGGCGGAGGCAACAGACGUGUGUCCCAGCGGUGACAAUGCAGGGGAGCAGAGCACCGACGACAUAAGCUGAAGACAAUGCCAGGAGAUGUGUGCUUUCCGGGUGGAAGACAGGAUCCUUCAGAUGAAGAUGAUAUACAGACGGCUCUUCGAGAAACCCAAGAAGAGAUCGGCCUCUGCCCCGAACAGGUGCAAAUUAUUGGCAGGUUAUCACCUCAUAUCGCCAAGUCUCCCAUCAUGCUUGGUCUACCCAAUUGUCGGCAUUGUCGACGACACAUUCCAGCCAACGCCGAACCCCAGUGAAGUGGCGGACAUCUUCCUUGUCCCUUUGGAGUUCUUCAUUAGCUCAGAACACUAUACCGCUCGAGAAGUAAAUGUACCGCCUUUUGGAUUAGUGGUUGUCCAUCAGUUCAUCUACAUGGACCCAGACACCGAAAAAUCAUUUACUAUAUGGGGACUAACUGCCCACUUCGCCUUAAUGCUCGCAAUCAUCCUUUUGGAGAAGAGGCCCUCCUUCGAUCCAGAGUUUGAUCUGGAAGGUGGCUUAAAUGGGUGGAAACGUUUCCUGAUCAAUCCGAGCAAAUUGUAAAGGCAAGCCUGAUAAUUCACUGUCAGAAAAUCAGAAGUUCUAAUAUAAACUAGAUCUCACAAUAUGAAGGAUGGUUUACAGUGGAACUGGAAAUGUUGGUGUCCGUAAAGGACAGGUAAUUCUAAGUUUUACCAGUUUGAAGGUGAUGCAUCGGCACUGAACCCAUUAAAGUGAGAAAAGUAUCUAACAAA